AUGGAUGCCUUGAAUGAUCCUGAUAUUCCUGCUGUUCACCGUUUAGGUGGUGGUUUCGUAACACCCACUUCUCACCACGAUUCGUAUGACUUUAUCAAACCAUCACAAUUCGACCUCAAUGGAAGGGCUCGCAUCUCCGGUCUUGUCCUAGCUGCGAGAGGCGACCUUUCCGACACGGUCAAUGCCAUCACGAAAACAGCAAAGGACACGGCUAUACCAAUCCCAAAGGUCGUCGCUCUUAAAUUCGAUGUUACAGACGCAAAGUCCGUGAGCACUGCAGCAGCAGAAGUGAAGAAAGAAUGGCCGGAAGGCAUCGACAUUGUUUAUUCUAACGCUGGAUGGCUCGAGCCUGAGAAAAAGAUUGCCGAAUCAGAUCCUGAAGACUGGUGGAACUCGUUGGCUAUCAAUGUCAAAGGACCGUAUCUGGUGGCUCGCGAAUUCAUACCCCUCUUGCUUGCAAAGAGUGGCGGCCUGAAAACGCUUUUGAAUAUGGUCAGCAUCGGUGCACAUAUGAUCUUUCCCGGCAUGUCAGCCUACAAUACAGCGAAGCUUGCUACUUGCCGUUUGACGGAGUACGAAGAUGCUGAAUACAAAGACGAAGGUCUCAUCAGUCUUUGUAUGCACCCUGGUGGUGUAAAGACAAACAUGGGUUUGAGGCUUCCGCCGGAGAAACAGAAAAUGUUGACGGAUACCCAUGAGCUAGUCAGUGACACAGCUGUAUGGUGUACAGCGCAGCGCCGAGAUUGGUUGAGCGGCCGAUAUGUCUCUGUCCAAUGGGAUAUGAAGCAGUUGGAAGAACAUAAGGAUGAGAUCGUGCAAAAAGACCUUCUCAAGGUGAAGCUGGACUAUGGUUUAGGGUGGCUAUGA